CAGCACACACAGAGAAAGAGAGAGAGAGAGAGAGAGAGAGAGAGAGAGAGAGAGAGGAGGCGAGGUAGAAUCUACAUUGGUUUUUUGCAGCAAGGAAAGUCUUUGACAGUUUCGAGUUUUUGGUUCAAUAGAGUCAUCAUGGUGACCACUGAGACCCACCAGAGCCAAGACCUGCUGGUCCCCCCCAAGAACCAGGAUCUACAAGACCAGCAGGACCAGCAGAACCAGCUAGAGGAGGACCAGGCCUCCCCCAUGUCUACCCUGGCAGGAUUCGACCCAGAGAAGAUGAAUCAGGGUCCUGUCAACGCCAUCACGGUCCUUACUCUGCUGGACAAACUGGUCAACAUGCUGGAUGCCGUGCAGGAAAACCAGCACAAGAUGGAGGUUCACCAGGUCGAGAUGGAGGGUGUGGUCAGAGGGAUCCAGGCUGAUAUGACCAAACUGUCCAAGAGUCACAGUCACACCUCAAACACCGUCAGUAAACUGCUGGACAAGAGCCGCAAACUGUCCGUCACCAUGAAGGAGGUUCGUGAUAAAAUGGAGCGUCAGGGUGUCCAGGUGAAGAAGCUGGAAGCAAACCAUGCCCACCUGAUCAGCAGAAACAACUUCAAAGUCCUCAUCUUCCAGGAGGAGAACGAGAUCCCCUCUAGUGUUUUUGUGAAGGAUCCUCCACCAUUCCCUCGUGAUGAGAUUGUGGAAGAAGCUGAGGAAAUAGCACCGGGCAUUGUUGAUGGCAACCGGUCCCAGGAGAGUGGGCUCCAUACCAUCGACCUAUCAUCUGAUGAGGACGUCGGUCUGGAGGCAGAGCUAGAGGAAGAGGAGACAUGGCCUCAUGAUCUGGAGAACAUGGAGAAGUCCAGAGCGGAGAAACUGAAGCGAUCUAGUCUGAAGAAGGUUGACAGUAUAAAGAAGGCGUUCUCCCGGCAGAACAUCGAGAAGAAGAUGACUAAGAUUGGAACAAAGAUUGUGUCUGCGGAACAACGAGAGAAGAUCAAACAGAAAACCUCAAGCCUGAAAGUUUCACCUUUGACCUUCAGCAUCCGGAAGCCUCGCAGCAGCUCGGACUCUCAGCCUGCUGAUGUCUCCGCUCAGACCGGGGAGUCAGUCAUCACUGAGGCUGAAAUCCAGGUGUCCCCACUGAGCGACACUGACCAGGAGGUCCCCUUCACUGAGGUCCAUGCCCAGCUGGCCCCAGCUGAGCAGGAGGAGAAACAGGAGGAGGUGAAACAGGAGGUGAUAGAGGAGGUGAAGGAGGAGGUGAAGGAGGGUGAGGAGGUGUCAGUUUUAGGGGAGGUGGAUUUGUCGGUGGUUUCAGAGGGAGUCAGUCAGGAGUAUGCUCUGUCAUCCACUCUGCCUCAAGAGGAGAAAGGAGAGGAGAGAGGAGCAGAGGAGGAGAAGGAGGAGGAAUCCUAAACACUUGUCAAUAUUCAAUUAAACCCAGAUUAAUUAUCCUCUAAGCUGAGUUCUGAUCACUCCAGAUCUGAACAGAUUCAUUUUCUGUUAAAUCCUCUUCUUUUAUUUAUCUGAGAAUUAGUUGUUCAGACUGAUAUGAGGCUACAGCUAGCAGCUGUUAGCUUAGCACAAAGACUGGGAACAUGAGGACUAACUCUCAGAGCGGAAAACAAAAGAGGAUUUACCUGAAUGUGGAACUGUUCCUUUGAAGUUCAGAGCUCAGAUUUGUUUUGUGGUUGAUAUAUAUUUCUCUUUUAUUGAUAAACCUCCAGACACACACAGGGUUCGGAUAUCUGAUCAUGUGUGCUGACAUCAUCACAUGUAAACCUGAAAACUACAUUCUCCAACAUUUUAUCUUUACAGGAACUGAGGUCAAUAACAGGCAGUUUCCUGUUCUGUUACAGUGUUUACACAAAAGUGUUUUAUGACGUUGGAGAAUUUUAUUGUUUAAUUCUUCUACUGAUCUGAAAACCUAAGAAUAAAUAAACACUUUAAAGUUGGAGAUACAUGGUUUUGACAGGACAGUGACUAUUUUCAUGUUUAACAUUCAGUUUCCUUUCUAUUUUUAUUCUUGUUUUCUGAAACAACAGCUGAUUGAUAUAAAUGUGAUAACUAAUAAUCAGCUGAUCAAUCACAAAAAUAAAACAUUAAAACAUUUGAAUUAGUGGAACCCAACUGAAGCAGGCUGUCAAUCAUCCUGAUGAUGGCCUAAAAAGCACAAACUCAGGGAUCAUGGAGGAAAACAUGGUGCUAAACAGAACCCUGCUACCAAGGUUCCUCUUGGAUUUCCCCAAGGUGGUCCCACAAAAGCUCUUCUUUGGUACACCCAACAUUUUAGGUUCCUCCAAGUUUCCUCUAACAUUCCUCUAUGGUUGCAAAAAGGUUCCCCUAAAGUUUCUUUUAAGUAAGAUUGCCCAAAGGUUCACUUUAGGUUUCUUUAAGGUCCAGCUGAGGUUCAACUAAUGUUCCCCUAACAUUCACCUCAAAGUCUCCAAAGUUCUGAAGUUUUCCCUAAAGUUCUACUGAGAUCUUCCAACAUUCUUCCUAAAGUUCCCCUAAAGCUGCGUUUCCACCACAGGAACUUUCCCCAGGAACCAGGAACCUUUCAAGGAACUAUGUGCGUUUUGACCGCAGGAACCAGGGUCUAAAUUUUGUUCCGGGUUAAUUGAUCGAACCCCCAAAAAGUACCUGGUCAGGGGGUAGGACUUUCCAAAGGUUCAGGAACUUUGGGGGUGUGGUCUGCAGUGCUGAACAUUUCUGACUAGUUGAGUACUCAUUGCAUUUUAUUUCAUUCGCAAUGUUUAAAAGUCCGCAGGGAGCGAGCGAGUGAGCAAACACAUUUUCCACACUAUGAAACAGGUCUGGGAGAAGGUAAAAAAACUGAAACAGGACUUCAAAAUAAUAAAGGAUCACAACAACCGGAUUGGCUAGGGUUGCCACCCAUCACAUAUAAUAUGGGAUCGUCCCGUAUUUGAAAAUAAAAUGCUGCGUCAUGUAUUGAAUGAAUAAGGGACACAAUUUGUCCUGUAUUUUCGUCCAUGUUAUGUCCUCAAAGUGCUGUGAAUAAUCUAAUGUCAAGUAAAUAUUUUGCAUAAUCUUCCUGGGACCUUAGGCCAUAGUGGAAACUGUGGGCCACAGGAACCUUUUAGUUCCAGGUACUUUUUGUUCAAAACGCAGCUUAAGAUUCCCUCAACAUUCCACUAAAGUUCCUGUAAUGUUCCCCUAAUGUUCUCCUGAGGUUCCUGUCAUUUUAGUUACUUUGUUACUUUAAAUAUCUUUAACUGAAUAUAUUAAAUAUGUUCUCUGAUGUUCUGUCUGCUGUCUGAAACAUUUUCUCUGAUAAACAAAUUAAACCAGCUCAUAGAAAGUCUAAUAAUUAGUUUUCAUGUACCAACCAAUUGAUCGAUCGAUCAGUUUAAUCUUCUACCGUCUGUGUGAGUAAAUGUUAUUUUAUUGCCUCUGCUGAUUUCUAUACUGAUCAAUAAUCAACUUGUUGUUUCUUUAGUUACUUAUUAAAAACGCAGAAGUAUUAAUAACUGUAACAGUGACGGUUAAACUGAUCAACACACCGGAUCAAACAGAUUGAUCAGUGAGAGAGUUGACUGGAAACACCAUCAGUUACAAACACACUGAUCAUAUUUAAAAUCAGCUGUGACAUGUUUAAAAUAAACUUCAAUAAAAAUUUCAAACUGUUUGAUCAGUUUAACGUUACUGACUUUUUUAUUUGAACACAAAUAAAAACACUGUGGUGCCAAAAAACCUUUCCUUUGACUCACCUGUCCGACUGUUAAUCAAACAUAAACAGGUGUGUGAAAUUCUCUUGAACUCUCCAUAUAACCAAUAAAACCUAUGUAACCAUG